AUGCAGAACCUCUCAGAGAGUUUACUUAAAGCAGUAAGAAAAGCAGCUGAGACUGCUGAAUCAGAAUUGAAGCUCUGUAUGUGUAUGAGGAUUCUAAAUGAGAUUGAGGUCUUGCAUACACAGUGGCAGGCUGAGAUGAAAGUCAAACAACAAUUGGCAUUUGCUGUGAAUCAAGCAUUCACUAUGAAGAGCUUUGCUGAUGCAAUUGUCAUCAUCAAUAAGAAUAGAGAAAACCAGAUCUUAGACCUGCAGCAGAAGAUCAAACAUUUACACAGACAGGCAACUAUGCUGAAUCUGAAGAUCUCACCAUGA